GCUGAGAGAGAGAGAGAGAGAGAGAGGUCCAUGAUUUUUGUAUCUACUCGUCUAAAAAGAAAGUUUCGAUCUUUCUUGCGUUACUUCUGUACCUCUCUCAACUCCAAGUCAUGUCCUGCUCAGAACAUGCCAUUACUUCCUCUUAGAAUUUCCUGAGCCAAGUUGCUUAUGAGGAGAGAGAGGUGAGCACGGUUUGAGCUUCGGAAAGUUGCUGGCAUGGCGAGUCAGAGACUCGGAGAGACCGGUUUAUCAGAAGCAGGACCCUCAAGCGAUCAUCAUCAUCACCAUCACCACCAUGUUCCUUAUUCAGUUCUUGGAAUUAAUGCUCCUUCCUCCAGUUUCAUCAAUCAAGAAGGGCCAGCUUUUGAUUUCGGAGAGCUAGAACAAGCAAUAGUCCUGCAGGAAGUCAGUAUCAGAAAUGAUGAAGAUCACAAAGCCGCUUUUCACUCAUCAGGCAGGCCUUCAGAGACUCUGGAAAUGUUCCCUGCAUGGCCAAUGAAAUUCCAGCAAACCCCAACAACGACAAGAGGAAGUUCAAGGUCGGGAGGGGAGAGCAGCGGUAACUCAGAAGGAUCGGGUGCGAACACCCUCAGCACGGCACUACUUUCUUCGAGCAAAACUGAGACGCAGCUCGAACUAGAGUCGCCCAUCAGUAACAAGGCUUCUUCUUCUUCUUCUUCAGCUCAUCACCAAAGGCCGCAGCAGCAAGAAAUGGCGGGUGUCGUUUCCCAAGAUCCGCCUGGUUCUUCAAGGUCGCCCCAAGAUAACAACAAGAAGAAAGGAUCAGCUGGUUCAACCUCCGAGAAACAUCUCGAUGCCAAGACAUUAAGACGUUUGGCUCAAAAUAGAGAAGCAGCAAGGAAAAGUCGUCUCAGGAAGAAGGCUUAUGUACAACAGCUUGAAUCAAGCAGGAUCAAGCUUACUCAUAUGGAGCAAGAACUUCAGCGCGCGCGAUCGCAGGGCUUGCUUUUGGGUGCUUAUGGCGGCGCCAGUGGGAAUAUCAGCUCUGGGGCUGCGGUAUUCGAUGUGGAAUAUGCAAGGUGGCUGGACGACGAUCACCGGCACAUGUCGGAGCUCCGGACCGCGUUGAAAGCGCAUUUGUCGGACAGCGAUCUAAGGAUGAUCGUGGAUGGUUACAUCUCCCAUUACGACGAGUUUUUCAGGAUCAAGGGGGUCGCUGCCCGAACCGAUGUCUUCCACCUCCUCACCGGCAUGUGGUGUUCUCCCGCCGAGCGCUGCUUCCUCUGGAUGGGCGGGUUCCGGCCCUACGAUCUCAUCAAGAUGCUGCGACCCCAGUUGGACCUGUCGACGGAACAGCAGUUCAUGGGGAUAUACAGCCUCGAGCAAUCGCUGCAGCAGGCGGAGGAGGCGCUCUCGCAAGGCUUCGAACAGCUCCAACACUCGCUUAUCGACACAGUCGCCAGCGGGCCCCUGGUCGACAGCAUGCAGCUGAUGGCCGUUUCCCUUAGCAAACUCUCCAACCUUGAAAACUUCGUUCUCCAGGCUGACAACUUGAGGCAGCAAACCCUUCACCAGCUGUGGCGGACAUUAACGGUCAGGCAGGCAGGGCGCUGCAUUCUGAUGAUCGGAGAGUACUACGGCCGAUUACGAGCCUUAAGUUCGCUAUGGUCAUCUCGUCCGCGAGAGAACUCGAUGAACGACGACGGGUCGUGCCAAACGUCAACGGAUCUGCAAGCGUUUCAAUCUGCUCAAAGUCACUUCCCUCCUUUUCGAUAGCCUACAGCUCGCGCGACGUAUUCAAGUGCAUAUACGCUACAAUCAUGAAAUGUAGGCGAGGUUCCAACGCCUAUGCUAAUUAGAGGGAAAAAAAUAUAUAUAUAGAGCGGUCCUUUCUUAUUAUUUUUUUACCAUUUCAGUCGCUUUAAUUUUCUUGUAUUAAGAUCUUCCAUCAGUGAAUAUUAUGAUGUAAUUAUGCUGUAAAUGUGAAAUUCUCUGCAAA